AUGGCAAAUGAUUCCAAGUUAUCCAAUGAUAAAGGCGAAUUUAUUCGUGCUACUUCAUCGUUUCGUAAUUGGGUAAAGGCUGAUGGUAGUAGUCCUUUUCCUGCCGAAAAGAAUCGCUAUCAUUUGUAUGUGUCUCUCAGUUGCCCAUGGGCUCAUCGCACCUUAAUCACCAGAAAAUUGAAAGGCCUCGAAAAUAUCAUAACGGUCGAUAUAGUUGACUGGCUUCGAACAUCAGCGGGCUGGAGAUUUAGUCCGGAGAAACCUGGAUGUACAGCAGAUACCGUAAAUGGUAAGGAGUACGUUGAGGAAAUCUACAAAUUAGCCGAUCCGCUUUAUACAGGCCGAGUGACUAUUCCGAUUCUUUAUGAUAAGAUCGCCAAAACUAUAGUCAACAACGAGUCUAGUGAAAUUAUUCGCAUAUUAAAUUCGGAAUUUAACGCAUUAUGUGCAACAUCUCAACAACGUGAUUUGGAUUUAUAUCCACAAGAAGUAAGGCAGGAAAUUAAUGCCCUAAAUGGUUGGAUUUACAGCCAGAUCAACAACGGUGUUUAUCGUGCCGGUUUUGCAACAACACAAGAAGCCUAUGAUAAUGCUGUUGACGAUGUUUUCGAUGGGUUAAACAAAGUCGAAGCCAUACUAUCGAAACGUCGCUAUCUGACUGGUGAUCAAAUAACGGAAGCUGAUAUUCGAAUAUUUCCUUCAUUAGUUCGAUUUGACACUGUUUAUGUGCAACAUUUUAAGUGCAAUAUUAGGCGCAUCAUUGAUUAUCCCAAUAUAUGGGGCUAUUUACGUGACUUAUAUCAAAUCCCUGAAUUUGGUAGUACGGUUCAUAUGGAACACAUUAAGAAGAGCUAUAUGAUGAGCAUGGAGAAUAUAAAUCCGAAUGGCGUAGUUGCUAAAGGACCUGAAAUUGAUUUUAACACUUAUCACGGGCGUGAUAAAUUAUACUAA